UUGUGUGAUAGCCCAGCGACCGAAGAUGAAGAACCUCCUGAUCUUCUUGUUUCUGGGGCUGGUGGCUGUCCUGAGGGCCCAGGAAGUCCCAUCGGAUGACCAAGACGUCUCAGGAAUCUGGUACACAAAGGCCAUUAUGCACAAUGACAGCCUGCCGGGGGAUAAGAUGCCUAUGAAGGCCUUCCCCAUGAAAGUGACAGCCCUGGAAGGAGGGAACUUGGAGACCAAGAUCACAUUCUGGAGAAAGGGUCACUGCCAUGACUUUAAAAUCUUGAUGAAGAAAACUGAGGAGCCUGGGAAAUACAUCGCCUGCAAUGGCAGGAAGACUGUGUACAUAGAGGAGCUUCCUGUGAAGGACCACUACAUCUUCUACUGUGAAGGACGGCACCAUGGGAAAUAUUUCAGCAUAGGAAAACUCGUGGGGAGAGACCCUAAGGAAAACCCAGAGGCCAUGGAAGAAUUUAAGAGAUUCACACAGCGCAAGGGACUGAGAGAGGAAAACAUCUUCGUACCAGAGAUGAGCGGUGAGAGCAGGACUGCCCGGCCUCUGCCUGUGUCCCCUGUGUCCCUGGUUGCCCGGGCCCUGCUUCAGGUCUUGGCUAUGGGAGGGGCUGAGCUGCAGGGGCUGGUGCUGACCCUGCUUGGGACAAAUAAACACCAGGCCAUCUUCACUUCAGCCUACCGAGGGCCUCUGCUGGCCACACUGGGCUUUGCAGCCUGUGUGCUGGGCAGGCCCUCUCACCUUCUCACCCUCCUGAACUUCCUCAAUUCCUUCACCCAGGAGCAGCUAAAGGUCUAG